AUGGCAUCCCAAAUCACGUUUGGCAGUUUACCGAGUUGGCCUUUGGGGCCUCAAGACAACACCGAGUCUGCCACCAACCCCACCAGCGCUUCUGUCGGGACCACCAAGAUUUUCCCGCAGGGACCAGGAACUGCAACUCCGGCUGGUCAAACUGGUACUUUGUUCAGACGGGUGCUAGUUACUCCCUCGACUCAAAGCUCAUCGGCCCCAUCCAACACUGGUGACCCUUCACUUCCACCCCCGCUUGAGCUCCCUGAUCUCCCCACCCCCACCGGUGUUGCUACACCAAGCGUGCACGCAAAAAACGCUCGUCUCGAGCUCAGCAAGGACCAGCAGCGGCUGAACAACCCACCACCUCGGUUACUGUUCCAAGGGCGUCACAAGCGGUCCAAGCUGUCCGCUGAAACCAUGGAGCAGGUCAACCAACAGUCACUUGAUCAGCUCCGCCGCACCGUUGCAAAAGACCCGGAGUAUCUGCGUCUUACGGUGGCCGACAAACUUCAGCUCGAUGCAGCUUACCGGGCAUAUCAGACUGCCGUCCAUCGGAUUGCGAUUGAGAAUAAACUUCACAUCAAGCCGGUGUUAGAUUACCUUGGCAAUGAAGCUCGCAUCCGAGGACCCUCAUGCUACAACAACUUUUGCAAAUAUGAUCCGAUUUCUGGUGCAAUCAAUCGUGAUAAAACCAUACCUUCCACAGAGCGUGCCUCUAAGUGUGGUUCUCUCUGGCGACAGCUCACUCGAGAAGAGCAGGCCCAAUGGAAAGAUCAAGAAUAUCUCGACUCGCUUCCUGCUCACAUUGAAGUGGAAUCCACCACAACAGAUGUGAACAAUCCGACUGGGUCAGCUACUUCUGCACCUGCACCCAGGACUCUACCUCGCGACCGUUUCAGUCUUAAACGAUGGGCUCACAAAGUCAAAAGAGAGCUCCGAAAUCUCAGUACUGCUCAUCAGGUCGAGGGAUACUUGGUCCUUGCCUCGCGUGAUCCCAUUAGACCCGUUCUCAUCACUGGUGGUAGCCACAUGGGCGAGGAGUUCCUCGACAUCCUAGCUUCCGAUACCAAUCAGUGCAACUCUUUCUUCAACUUUGUUAGUGGGAAGCAGGCUGUUAAGGAUGUUUCAGGACGAUACCCCCCUUCGAUCAAUCCGAGGAAGCGACGUCGCGGUGUUGAUGGUGACGAUCCCAACUGUCCACAUGAUCUAGGGAGCAAAAAGGCCAAUACCAACGAAGUUCGGAAAUUGCUCCGAGACGCAUUGAGUAAAGCCACGCAUGGCGCUUGGCAAAACGGCUGGCCGGGUACCAAAACCGCUGCAAAGUUGCGCCAACUUGGUGUAACCCUCUCGGUUCAAGACAACGAUCAAAACAUAACUGCUGCCGACUUUUGUAAACGACCAUCGGACAUGUUCAUUGGCCAAACACAGCGAAUUCUCUUGGCUUUCUCAAAAGGAUGGGUCAAGAUUACCGGUCCACCUCAGCCAGGCCUGUCUUCAAUUGGUCUCAAUCCGAACGAGGACGAAGAGAGUGGAAGUGGAUCGGAGGUCAACGAAGCCACUUCAAGCAGACCAAAGAAGGCUCUCCCCAAGAGAAACGCACCUCCAGCCAAGAGAAGUGCGAUCACAACCACCAAGGCUGUCUAUCCUAGGAUAGGCAAGAUUCGCAAACCUCGUACCGUUCGUAAGAGGCGGAAUGCCUCAGCAAGUAGUUCUUCUUCAGAGGAAGAGGAUCAUUACUCCACCGACUCAUCAUCUGAUGGUCAAACUACUUGGGAGCAGUCUGCAGAUACCAAUUUCGGCACCCCUUGUUCAGCUGCCGAGUCAGCGAUUGCUGCUCUUGCCUGA